CCCCCGCACCGGCCUCGUCCUCACGGCGGCGUGCCUGGCGCAGUUCAUGGUCGUGCUCGACGUGUCGGUGGUGAACGUCGCGCUGCCCUCGAUCCGCGACGCGCUGGCCUUCGCGCCCGACGGGCUGCCGUGGGUGGUGAGCGCCUACACGCUCGCCUUCGCCGGGUUCCUGCUGCUCGGCGGGCGCGCCGCCGACCUGUACGGGCGGCGGCGGAUGUUCCUCGUCGGCCUCGGCCUGUUCGGGGCGGCGAGCCUGGCGGGCGGGCUCGCCGACUCCCCCGGGCUGCUGCUGGCCGCCCGGGCGGCGCAGGGCCUCGGCGGGGCAGUGCUCUCCCCCGCGUCGCUGACGAUCCUCACCACGUCGUUCGCCGAGGGACCCGCGCGGUCGCGGGCGCUCGGCGCGUGGGCGGCCAUGGGCGGGCUGGGCGGGGCGAUCGGCGGGCUCGCCGGCGGGGUCCUGGUGGCGCUGCUGAGCUGGCGCUGGAUCUUCCUGGUGAACGUGCCGGUCGUGGCGCUGACGAUGAUCGUCGCGCUGGCGGCGGUGCGCGAGAGCCGCGACCUGGGGCCGCGGCGGCUCGACGUGCCGGGGGCCGUGCUGGCCACCGCCGGGCUGGUGGCGUUCGUGUUCGCCGUGGUGCGCACCGAGACCGCCGGGUGGUCGUCGCCCGCGGUCUGGGGCGGGCUGCUCGUCGCGGCGGUGAUGCUGGCGGCGUUCGCGGCGUGGCAGCGGCGGGCCACCGCCCCGCUGGUGCCCCUCGACGUGUUCGCGUCGCGGUGGGUGUCGGCCGCGAACGCGUCGAUGCUGCUCAUCGCGUCGGCGAUGUUCAGCAUGUGGUACCUCGUGUCACUGCACCUGCAGGGCGUGCUGCGCUUCGAGGCGCUCGCCGCGGGCCUCGCGUUCCUGCCGCAGUCGGCCGCGAUCGUGCUCGGCUCGCAGCUGUCGUCACGGCUGGUGCCGCGGCUCGGGGUGCGCCCGGUGCUGGUCGCCGGGUCCGGUCUGACGGCCGCGGGCUUCGCCUGGUUCACCACGCUCGACGCGGGCGCCUCGUGGGCGGGCGGGGUGCUCGGGCCCGGCGUCGCGGUGGCGCUCGGCAUGGGCCUCGCGUUCCCCGCGCUCGCGACGGCCGCCACCAACGGCGUGCCCGCCGACCGCGCGGGCCUCGCGUCCGGGCUGCUCAACACCUCGCGCCAGGUCGGCGGCUCGAUCGGGAUCGCGGUCCUCGCGACGGUGGCCUCGGCCCGCGCCGCGACCCUCACGGCCGCGGGAGCGCCGACGGCCGUCGCGCUGACCUCGGGGACGGCGAGCGCGUUCGCCGUCGCGGCGGGCGCGUCGGUCCUGGCCGCCCUCGCCGCGAUGCUGCUCCCGCGUGA